CUGUAUCUGGACAAGACUUUUUUGUUAAGUCAGUCAAAAUUGGAUUUCCGGUUUUCCUUGUUUACCUUAUAUUUUUCCAUCAGACUUGUAAUAAGCAGAGUGAGUGUGCUUUUUUUGUUUGCUUACUUUGCAUAUGACUUAGAAUGCCAUUGUUGAAAACACUCUUGCUGUGUGUUUAGUUUUGCUCUAGGACCUUUUAAAUGGUAACGUUAAGGUCUAUAAAAGUGUUAGAAGAAAGGAGGUUUGAGAGCUCAAUUUCACCUUUCUUAAGACUAAGGCAAGGAACUCUAGUUAUAUAUAAAUAUGUCUAAUAAUUGAACGACCUUGGAAGCAAUUGAGCGUUACUUUAAUGACCUCUGGAGUCGCCUGUAAUUUUUUUAUACUUUCCUGAAUGAAGUCCGUGAGAGUAUGGUACUCUUGGAAUCUCUGUAGCAAACUGGCUUCAUGAGAAUUUACCAGUCUGACUUUUUAUUUGUCAUAUAAAGAAAAAUGAAGUCAGCUACAUUUUGUAUUGUGGUAUUGUAGUAAAUGGCCUCGUAAAUAUUAGCAUUUCCACUAUUGAGAAGCGCUAUGAAAUGAAGAGUUCCCUGACGGGCCUGAUAUCAUCAAGCUAUGAUAUCUCAUUCUGUGUGUUGUCUUUAUUUGUGUCAUUCUUUGGUGAAAGAGGACACAAACCAAGGUGGCUUGCAUUUGCAUCCUUUAUGAUAGGACUGGGAGCACUUGUGUUUUCACUGCCAAAAUUUUUUAGUGGAAAAUACCAAUUGGGGUCCCUAUUUGAAGAUACUUGCUCAGCAACAAGGAAUGGAACCAGUUGUACCUCUUCAAGUUCUUCACUUUCUAACUACUUGUAUGUGUUCAUCUUGGGACAACUCUUGCUGGGAACAGGAGGAACUCCUCUUUAUACCCUGGGAACAGCUUUUAUUGAUGAUUCUGUGCCCACACACAAAUCUUCUCUUUACAUAGGAAUUGGCUAUUCUAUGUCAGUAUUAGGCCCUGCUAUUGGUUAUGUGUUGGGAGGACAGCUGCUAAGCAUGUACAUUGAUGUGAACAUGGGACAAAGCAUAGAUAUUACUGAAGAUGAUCCACGAUGGCUGGGGGCAUGGUGGAUUGGAUUUCUUCUGUGUUGGCUCUUUGCUUGGUCUUUGAUAAUUCCUUUUUUAUGCUUCCCAAAACAUUUACCAGGUACAGCAAAAAUUCAAGGUGAAAGAAUUUCCCAGACUCACCAGGAUAAGAGUAGUUCCUUAAAAGACACUGAGGAGAGUUUUGGAAAAAGCUUUAAAGAUUUUCCAGCUGCCCUAAAGAAUUUGAUGAGGAAUACUGUCUUUAUGUGUUUAGUUUUUUCAACUUCCUCAGAAGCCUUAAUUACUACUGGAUUUGCUACAUUUUUACCUAAAUUUAUAGAAAAUCAAUUUGGAUUGUCUUCCAGCUUUGCAGCUACCCUUGGAGGGGCUGUUUUAAUUCCUGGAGCUGCUCUUGGUCAGAUUUUAGGUGGUGUACUUGUUUCAAAACUCAAAAUGACAUGUAAAAACACAAUGAAGUUUGCUUUGCUCACAUCUUUAGUUGCGCUUGUGCUGAGUUUUGUAUUUGUUUAUGCCAACUGUGAAAAUGAGCCUUUUGCCGGUGUGUCUGAAUCAUAUAAUGGGACAGGAGAACUGGGAAACUUGACUGCUCCUUGUAAUGCCGAUUGUAACUGCUUUCAACCAUAUUAUUAUCCUGUCUGUGGAGGAGAUGGGGUCCAGUAUUUCUCUCCCUGCUUUGCAGGUUGUAAAAAUUCUCUUUUAAAAAGACAGCCAAAGGAAUAUUACAAUUGUUCCUGUAUUGCAAGGAAUACAGAAAUAACUCCUACUUCGGCAAGUUUUAUUUCUGAAGCUAAAGCUGGAAAGUGUGAAAGUCGAUGUGCAAAUUUGCCCAUAUUCCUUGGCAUUUUCUUUGCUACAAUUAUCUUUACAUUUAUGGCUGGUACUCCUAUAACUGUGUCCAUCCUAAGGUGUGUUAAUCAGAGGCAACGGUCCCUAGCAUUGGGAAUACAGUUAAUGCUGCUUCGAUUAGUUGGCACAAUACCUGGACCAAUUAUAUUUGGUAUCACAAUAGACAGCACAUGUAUUCUGUGGGAUAUUAAUGAAUGUGGAACUAGAGGCGCUUGCUGGAUUUAUGAUAACAUCAAGAUGGCCUACAUGCUAGUAGCCAUAAGUGUUACUUGUAAAAUUAUCACCGUUUUCUUCAAUGGGUGUGCAAUCUUUUUGUAUAAGCCGCCACCAUUAGACACAGAUGUAUCAUUUCAGAGUCAGCAUGCAGUUGUGACUGUUUCAGUAGAAUGUGAUCUCAGCAAUGCAGGAAAUGAAGGGUGAAAUAGCAAAAGGAGACCAUUUUACAACUGGAAAAUUGGCCUUCAUUUGUAAGAAUUCACAUUGCCGUUGCUGCAUUAUCCACCCGAUAUGGACAAUCAUAUUUUAAAAGUUGGUAUUUUAUAAUUAAAUGCAUUUCCUGUAUAUUUAUGAAUGUGUUUGUUUUUGUUUUAAUAUAAGAAACAGACUUGUGCCUUCAGAACCCACCAAAAACCUCAGAACACACACACACACACACACACACACACACACACACACACACACUUCCCAUAGUACAGGUGUGAAAUAAAAAACUAAUAAACUAAACUAGAAAAAAAUCCAGUGAUUAGUUAAAAGUUUAUAUCUUAAAAACAAAGUGAUAUUUCUAUUCUUCUUGCAACUUGUUUUAGUUUAAUUAUCAUUACCAGUAGUUGGGGCUUAUUUAGAAAAUUUACGGUAUACAAAUUUAAACUAACCAAAUUUAUGUGAUGAUUUUUGAGAACUAUAUAUACACUAGUCUGUCCAUCACAAAAGGUUACUGAACUAUUAGAACAUAGGUUGAUUAUCUUCUUUGUAUACCAGUAUACAGUGAAUUCAGGAAUAGCGUUAUAUUUACAUAUUUUCACUUUAACUCAAGAAUUGCAGGAAGUAAUUUGCUACUAUUUCUUAUUUUUAACACUUUCCUUUUGUGAUUCCAUAAUAGUAUUAUCCAGUUAUAUGUCUUCCGGGAGAAAUACCAACUUCAGUAAAGUGCCAAUUAUAUAUGAAAAGAUUUUUUUUUAAAUGACUUAGGUACAUUUGAGUGGCUUUCUUUGAAAAGACUUCUUAAUAAACUGUUGAUCAGUAUUUACAUACUCAGUAAUUUAAUUUUUCUAAUUUUAAAAACUUAUCACCUAGUAUAUUAUUUACAGCACCUAAAAUAGUACUUUGCUGAUAGUGGGCCUGUAUUAAUGUUGUUUGAUUAAUACAUUAAACUCCACUUUUCUACUGAUCAUUUAUUUGAAAGAUAAAGUAUUUCACAUAUAACAUUAUAACACUCCAUUUGUUUUAGCUCAGAUUGAAGCCAACUUUGUCUAUUCAGAAUAUGGAGGAAAUAGAUCUGUGAAUAACAGAUUAAGAAAAAUGUUGAAGUUCAUACUUAAUUUAGGGAGAAGAAGAAAUCACCCUAUAUAUGCAUAUAUUUGAUGAACAAGUCACUUAAUAAUUGGCAUUCAUAAUGAUUUUUAGUUAUCAAGGGUUUCAUUGCAUUCAGUGUGCUCAAUUUUAUAAGAUGAUACAUUUUUAUAAACUUUUUAAUGAAAAUGGGUAAAGCGAAAAUAAUUUUGGCACUUUAAUGAAGUCAGACUCUUACACAUAUUUACAAAGAAUACCUCCUUUUAUUACAGGGCAGUUUAGACACUACUGUAAUUUAUAAUCAUUAUUUAUACUUUUGGAUCAACUAGAUUAUAUGUGUUGGUAUGCUACUUUAAGAACAAAAUUUUUUCAUAGUAUUGUUUUUUCACAGUUUGUAUGAUUUUUAAAGUGAACUUGAAACUAUAAGUUUACCUGUGGUUAUUUUUGUACAUAAUUGGAUAUGUAUCUUAAAACUUAUUUUUAAUAUUUAGAUUUCCUUAAUUGUAAGACAUAAAAAUGUAACUUUCCAUACACUCUUAUGUAUGGAAAGAAUGUAUACAAUUGAUCUAGCUUUGUAAAUUGGAGAAAAAUAUAAGUAAAAUUGUAUAUUUUCUUUAAUUAUGUAAAAUUAUAUAUGUAUCUCUUUAAAAAUGAGAAUAUUUGUAUUAGGUUGUUAAGUAUUUAACCUUAUUAAUUGGCAUAGAUUUUGCAGUAUGUUUUAUAUCUGUUUAUGAAUACACACAUUUGAUGGUUGGGAAAGGGAAAAUCAGUGUACUUUUGAACUUGGUGAAUGUAAUUUAAUUCAGUGAUUUCUGGUAUCUCAAUAGAUGUAUUUAAUUCAAUAUAAACCGCAUUCACUAUGAAAUACAUGCUAAAAUAUUGUUCCAUACUAUAGUUUUCAUGGAUGACAGAUUGACAUAUAAGAUUUAUGUUAGUGGUAUACAGUUGCAGAUGGCUGCUUGUCAGUUAUCUGAAACUGCAAAAGUAAUGUGUUGUGUGAAGGUUUUAUAUGUAAGUCCUCUUGGGUUAUCAAAACACUCAGUACUAUUUUUUUAAAGAAAUCAGAUUGGACAUUAAUUUUAGAGGUAAUGUCCUUUUCCUGCACUGCAGCAUAUUUCAGUAUUUUUCGGCCUUUUUUUGUACCCAAAACAAUAAACAUUAACUUACACAUUA